AUGGAACCUGGGCCGACAACUGGCACCAUGCAGACCCCUGAAGACGCCUCAUUCAACUACGAAUACAUUUCUCCAAUCGGUUACUCGUACUAUGCAAACGCAACGUCCUUGAGCCCGAAAUUUUAUCAGACUCUUCUUGACCGAUGCUGGCGUCGAUCCGGCAAGCUUUUGUAUCGACCAGAUCAGAGAAGGUCAUGCUGCCCUCAUUAUACAAUACGCCUUGAUUCCAGUCAGUUCAGCCCGUCGAGAAAUCAGCGCCAAACCGUAAAUCGUUUCAAUAAGUUUGUUUUGGGAGAGUCUUACAUUAAGGAGGCCGCGCGAUUAUACCCCAAAAGCCGCGAAGAGGUCAAGAGGAGGGACAAUGAAUUCGUUCUUACCGACCGCGUCCACGAAGCAGAGUACAGGAACUUAAAGGCCCCUCCAGAACCUGCUCAUAAACUUGUGAUUACACUUGAAGAGAACAAUUUCACCGAAGAGAAGUAUCAUGUGUAUGAUAACUACCAAAAAGUCGUACACAAGGACCCUCCUGAAGACAGAACGCCCCGAGCGUUCAAACGAUUUCUUUGCACAUCUCCGUUACGGCGCGAAGUAAUGGUGACGUCUGAUGGGAAGAAGCGCAAGUUAGGCUCAUACCAUCAAUGUUACCGCCUAGAUGGCGUUCUUGUUGCCAUUGGGGUCUUAGACUUGCUACCGGACUGCGUUAGCUCCGUUUACUUUUUGUAUCACGAGAGUAUUCACAAACAGACUCCUGGAAAGUUGGGCGCAAUGCACGAAAUCGCUUUGGCGAGCGACGAAGGAUAUCGCUGGUGGUAUCCCGGAUUCUAUAUUCACAACUGUCCCAAGAUGAAGUACAAGGUCGACUAUGCCCCUCAGUACAUUCUUGAUCCCGUCAGCCUUGGCUGGGAUCUAUUGGACCAUACAAUCUUGAAACUUCUCGACCAAAAGGCCUUCCUCAGCAUGUCUGUCGAAAGGCGAGAUGACUCUUCUGCUGACAAGUUAUUGAGAGAUGAUGAGACUAGAGAUUCCAAAAGGCUCAAAGUCGGCAAUGAAAAAGAACCAACUGGUGUUGAAAGUGUCACAGAUGCAAUGGAUUCCGCCACCGCAGAAGAUCAGCCCGAGGAUAUGGACGAGGAUGAAGGCGAAGACGAAGAUGACGACACACGUUCGCUCUUCCGAUCGGGAAUGCCUGGAAUCAAGUCCGUCUCAGACAUGUUACACGUGGAUUUGGAUCACAUUGCUUUGAAGGUAUUUCCUACUGGACCAUUAUUCGAGACAUCGGACCUGGUAGCUUGGGACUCUAAAAACAUCACUGAUUGGCCUGGUAUCAAGGCGUCCAUAGCAGAGCUGAUUGCAGCAGUUGGGCCAGAUGUAAGAGAUCUGAUAUGUCUGGACAUGUCACGAGAGCGGGAUUAG